CCGCCGCUGUUUAGGUAUGGAAGACUAGGACCCAUCAAAGGCGGAAAAUGGGGCCGUAGCAAUAGUCCGAAUUAAGGUUCAUUGGGCCGAAAAUUCGAUAGAUCUAGUAGGCCUACGUCGGAAUUCAUCAUGUGCAUGAAUUAAGUGUGUACACCUAGGCUAUGGUGCACUGGCAAUUAAGUAAAGUAAAUCAGAGGUGCGUGCAUACGAUUUUUUUGGAAGAAUGAAGCUUCGGAUUAUCGAGAUAGUCCCCGGAAAACAACCUGUCUGCAUGCAUUAUAGGCCUCCCCCAACACCGAAACAUUUUCAACCUAGGCAUGUUGUCCUAGGCUCUGCACAGCAUCGAAGCAACGAAUAUUGCAUAGGACUUAAUGGAAUGAAAGAACUAGUUGAUUCAUCAUCCAAUGAAAAAUGGCCUAAUGGGUAAUUUGUAGGCCUAUGUUAGUUAGAAAACCGAUUUUUUUAUUAACAGAAUGAAUAUUCUUAGAUCUGUCCUCAAAAUAAGAAGCAGAGAUCUAACUUGAAUGAAGCAUGAGGAUGACAAACUCAAAUGAACAGACUGAACAGACUGGAAUACGUAGCCUAUUAUAUAUGUACUAGGCCUAUUUGACGUCGCUACCUGACGUAGUAAAAACGUCUUACGCACUGACGUUUUAUAUUUCACAUCUCGCGAAGACGUAAAUUGAACACAGAUUCCGGUUAUUUGGAAUGGUGGACAAGACGGCCUAUUAAAAUCUACAUUGCAUAUACUAGGGUGUACAUUUGCUGUACUAUCCAUUAUAAUAUCAAUAAAAUGGCACACCUCAAAGUGGCAUGGAAAGCCUACCAAGUCAAGAGGGGCAUGGACAAGAUGGCGCAAGCUAAAAUUGACGCAGAGCGAGAGCUCGCCGGGUUACCUCCCUUGCGACCGUGGUGGAAAGACUGCAUCAUCAACACAUUCACGUGGACACGAGAGACAUGUUUCAAAGCACUAUGCCCAUGUUGUAUUUACGAUCGUAGGCGACAUAAAUGGAAAAAGAAAGCAGCCAAUACAUGCCUUAGCAGACUGUGUAUUGACGGGACGUAUGAGAACGACCUAUUUAAAAGUUUUCUUGGUAAAGGACGUACAUUCCUCUUAGCGUAUUGCUUUGUCCUAAUCGUAAACGGUCCCAUGCAUAACUUCAGCCACAACAUUCAAGUGAUGUCUCAAAGUGCUGCCUGCGGACAACUGAUGGCCGAGAACGCAACCAAGGAAAUUCUUGCUGAAGCUAUGCAACCAGUUAAAGGUAUUCUGGCGCCUAUUCGCCAAGCUUUGCGUGGAUUGACACAGGCAGCGGACCGACUGCGGAAAGCUUUUCAAGCAAUGAAACAAUUAUUCCAAAAUAUAGUCGAUGCCAUCAAGCGUCUAUUCAAAUGGCUGGCUGACAUGGUAAACAUAUGUAAUCACAACAUGGGUCGACCCUACAGACAGUGCAAGAAGGUGUUUGAAAUAGUUGUUAAAAAAUGCAGGGAAAACGCCAUUGCCAAUGCAUUCGGUUUAUGCUCCCUAGCCGACAAAUUUUCGGUUGUAUGCAAUAUUGCAAGAGUGGGCGAAUUUUUGUGCAAGCUAACAGAACUUGUACAACAGUUGAUCGUGAAGAAAGUGCAAACGAGCGUGCAGACUGCUGUCCAAAACGUGUACGAGAUGUUCUACUUUAAUGUGACUUUGAUCCACCAUUUAAACUACACCAUAACCCAAUCCAAGACGAGCAAAGAAAUUCAGCGCGAUAUUAUGAACGAAAUCAAGUCAUGGGUCAAACCGUUCGAGAGCAUGAUGGACUUCAGCAGUUUCGCCAUAGCGUUCAUGCUACUUUGGCUUUUUAUUAAGGCGAUGCUUUAUAGGCGUAAUUAUCUCACCAAAGACAAAUUUGAUAAUUUCUACGUGACAUUCAACCUAAGAGAUAUAGACGAGAGGCGCCAGGAAAUGGAGCGGGAGACCAUUCUUCCUCUGAAUUGGAAAGAAAGUUCCAAGUACAUCACAACUUGGUCUCCUCGACUGGCAAAACCUGAGAAGAAAAAACUUGUCCGAGGUCUUAUCAUGCUGGCAGGGAGUUUCAUGCACGCCAGUUUUUAUAUGUACUGCGACAUGGGUCUGUAUACACUUCUUGACUUGAUAAGAACCCACGCGGAACUUAAAACACACAGUGAAGUUCCACACACCAUUGGUCUGCACGUUCAAGGCAAUGGCGCGUUUGCUGACAUGUAUCGCAUGUUAAUCAGCACUUUCGACCCUAUCGGACGCAUCGGGCUUGAGAUCGACACGACCCCUUGUCUUCCGAACCCAAGUCCAGUCAACCCAUAUAUUUACAAAGAAAUACUGUUCAUCUGGGCAACUUGUAUUUUGCUGGUUUUACUGGAAGCAUACGGACUACGACUUCGACACGUUAUAGUUGGAUGCUACUACGAAAAAAGGGAGAAGGAACGCGCAAUAUGGCUUUACAAUCACAUUCUUCAGCAAAGGGGAGGUUUUCUCAAAUUUCUGCGCAGGCAACUUCGCCGCAAGUACGAGAAGGAAGAGGCCAUCGAAAAAAUUAGCAUCAGAAGUCGUUUGGCAUCUCAGUAUCCUAUCCUGGGUAAGGUUUUCAAGUACUUCGGCUAUGAGAGAAAGUAUUGUUUAUGCUGCGGACAACCGGGGAAACCAGACGACAUGGACCACUUUAAGCAUUGCAGCACCUCCGACUGCAAAGCAAUCUACUGCCAGGACUGCUUCACGGACAUCAACAACAUGUGCACCGUGUGUAUGAACCCCGUCGACUACUGCGACUUUUCGGAUUUCAGCGAAGAGAGAGAUUCAAGUGAAGAAGAAGUGAAGCUCAAAUCUAAGAUGGACGUAUUAGAGAGACAAGAUGGCAGUGAAACUGACAGCUUGAACUCUUCAGAUUACGACUAUCAAAACAGAGAAGAUGACACCGAUACAAGCGAAGCUUUUGAGCAACCAAGCAGGAAAGCGUCCGCCACCGCGAGUCGAACCCGCAGCGGGAGCAGACGAGACCUUGUUACCAUGGCAAUAUAUCACAGCGAUCGCGUGGAUGAAGAGGAGAGCGACAGCGAUGAGGAGGUCUACGGACCGUUUGUUUCGGUGAGGGAACCGAGAGCUUUGUCAAUUCAACGAGUCAACGACCGCGGCUUUCAACCAUCAGCUGACGGGCUGAAUACGCGGAAAUACAGUGGGGUUCACGAUGCAAGUUACAAUGAUGUUCCAGACCAGGCAUUUUACUCUUCUUCAGCGACUCAGCAUACGCAAGGUUACAAAUCUAUCAGUCAGGAACAUUUAAGGGCGGGUUUUAGAAAAGAAAUCGAGGAGCACCAUCAAAUAUCACGGCAGCACCAGAUGGCUGGGCUAAUGAUGGGUCAGAUUAACACGCACAUGGGUACUUAUGAAAGCAAUAAAUCAACGACCGGUGCAAACAUGUACUCAACAGACGAAAUUAACCAACAGACGAAUGCUUACGAAACUGACGAUUGGCACUUUAAUUCAGGAGUUAAUAUGAACGAGUACGGUACAGACAAUUUUAAUAACCCUGCCUCAAGGGGACCCUACGGAAACGAUAACUUGGGUGCCACAACCGAUUUCUACGAGGCAGACGAUGAAUACUGCGAUGAAACUGAGGGCGUGGAUGAUGAAAUCGUUAGUCGUCUGCCCCUCUUACCUGAUGAAUAAACCUUCAACUU